GGGGAGGAGACGGAGGGCGUGUGGCUGCCUCCAGCUUCCGCACCUACUACCGCCCGCUGAACAAGCAGGAGGACUUUAUCGGGGCGCUGCGGCAGGCCCGUGCCUUCGCCUCCCGCGCCUCCCGCGAGCUAGGCCUGGACGUGUACGCCUACUCGCUGUUCCACGUCUUCUUCGAGCAGUACCUGAGCGCCGGCUGGGACGCGGCGGCGAUGGUGGGUCUGCCGCUGGCGGCGGUGGUGGCGGCGGCGGGGCUGCUGGCGGGCAGCUGGGGCGGCGCGGGGCUGCUGGCGGGGGUGCUGUGCAGCCUGCUGGUGCACCUGGGGGGCGCCAUGUACCUGGCGGGAAUACAGGUCAACGCCGUGUCGCUGGUCAACCUGGCCAUGUCCCUGGGCAUCGCAGUGGAGUUCGCAGCGCACAUACUGCACGCGUACUUCAUGGCACCGCCACCACCACCGCCGCCCCUGCCCACCACCACCGCACCCGCAGCAGCCUCCUCCUCUUCCUCAGCCCCCUCAGCACCAGCCACCACCCUGGCCGCAGCCCGGGCAGCCGCCGCCGCCUCCGCGUUGCGAACCGUGGGUCCGUCCGUGCUGAGCGGCGUGACGCUGACCAAGCUGGUGGGGGUGGCGGUGCUGGGUUUCGCUCGCACGCAGAUCUUCGAGGUGUACUACUUCCGGUUGUACCUGGCGCUCGUGGCGGCGGGGGCGGCGCAUGGACUGGUGCUGCUGCCGGUGCUGCUGUCGCUGUGG